UAGAUUCCCCAUUUCGUUCCCCGUUCCGCUCCAACUUCUCUCAAAAUGAUGUGAGGGAAGGUUUAUCUUCUUCAUCGACGCUGGGGGGUUUCAAAUCCUGCAUCUUUGAUCACUGCACAGACCCGACCCACCAUGUCCUACAACCUCCUCUGCCCACCCUUGUUCCAAUAAGCCAGAGACUUCCAAGUUCCGGCCUUUACUAGAAGUUCUGAGCUUUUUUGUCCAUGGCUUCCUUCUAUCUCCAUCACCACUACUUCCGCAGCAGAUCUACUCCGAUUCAGGAACUCAAGAGUGGCGACUGUUCCAAGCACAUUAUCACCGUGUCUUGCCUGGGCCAUGACCGAGAGCAUGAUGAUCCCACAACGCAGAAGCCGAAGAAAGAAAAGCAGAGCAAGAAGCCGACUUUUGCAGGAAUUAUAGAUGGCUUUGAGAAGAUAGGGAAGGGGUUUAAGCAGAAUUUGAGCCCACAGAGGAAGGGUGACUGGAAAGAUUUGACUUUGAUGAGUUUAUCUUUUGCUGUUUAUGUGUACAUAUCGCAGAAGAUUGUUUGUGCUUACUAUGCUUGGGUGUCCAUGCCGAAGCAACCUUGGUAAUAAAGUAAUAUAGCGAAGUUAAGCAUCUUCAUCGUUGUAAGAGGCUGGAGAUAUGUGUACGUUAUUCCCAGAAUCCAAUCCUGUUAGUAAUAAUGGAGGGAAGGAUCUUGAAGG